AUGGAACUGGACGGAAAAGGUCAAGCUGCGGAGAAAAAGAUGGAAAACAACCAAGCCGAAAUGAAAAAGAUUGUCGGCAAAUUAGAAGGCAGUUUAGUGGGAAUGAAUAAGAGGAUCAACGAAGCAAUAAAGAACCGCCAUGAUGAAAUGAAACAAGACCAACACAAAGAAAUGGCAGCUAUGAAAGAAAAUCUUUGCAAAGUGAACAAAGACGUGGACGCAGUCAAAGUCAUGAUGAGUCAAAUGUUAGAGAAGUUUAAUAUGUUUGAACUGCUCAGCAAACUGCCAUCUCCGACCGAGGGAAUGUUCAAUACACCGAGAGAAGAUAUUUUGAUUGCUGGUGGUGACUGUAAUACUGCAGAAAUAUUUUCCUGGGAGAAAAAUGGUUGGUACGAUAUUUCGCAAAUGAAUGAAGAACAUACGGCAGCUUCGUCAUUUAUUUAUAAUGAUCAGCUAUUUGUUGUUGGGGGACUGCGUACUAAGACAAUAGAAACCUUGGAUCUCAAUGAAUUACCUUUGAAAUGGAUGGAAUUUUCUGACGAACUUCCUUAUGUAAGUUAUCAUCAAACUGUUGUUUACCAACAGCGCGUCAUUCACAUUGGUGGAUAUAAUCUGGACGAGCGUAAAACGUCUAACGUGAUUAGUGAAUUGCAACUUACCUCACCUUGCGCACUGAAAGAGUUGUGCCAAAUGCCCCAGCCACGAGAAUGUCAUGGUGCUGAGGCUUUUGAAGAUAAAGUCUUGAUCUUGGGAGGAGAAGAUGAUAAUGAUGACGUUUUAGACAGUGUGUUGGAGUUUGAUCCAGACAAGAAUGAAUGUAAGAAGCUGCCAUCAUUACCACAUCCCAUGACAGGAAUGGCAACAGUUCGCUGGAGAGAUCAGGUAGUUGUACUUGGAGGUUGUGAUAAGGAUGGUAAAGUUCUGAAUGAUGUUUUCAUGUAUGACUGCAAGACGGGCAAGAUCACAGCCUUGCCAUCCAUGUUGGAGAAGAGAUACGAUUGUUGUGCAGUUAUUACUGGAAAUACAAUUGUUGUCAUGGGAGGUAAGAAUGAUGAUUAUGAUGUUUUCAGUUCAGUGGAGUGUUUUACAAUGGGAGGUUCUACAUGGAAGUAUCUUCCCAGCAUGAAUAAAGAAAGAUCCCAAGCAGUUGCUGAAGUUCUACCCUCAACAAGGAAAUGUGUGUAUGUUUGA